AUGCUUUCCGCUGCGUGUACACUGGGAAAGUGCCCUCAAGUUUCUUUGGCUCACAGAGGCCGCACGAACCACGCGUCCGCGUCUCUUUUUUCCGUUCUGCGACUGUCCCUCUCUCUAGGGUUGCGCCAUCUGUUCAGCCUGCCACGCGGCUUUUUUUGCCUCUGGAAACGCCUCUGUUUCUGGAUCUUUCUCCUUUCCUUUCUCUGGAAAAAACACCCUUUUGUUGCACCCUGGCGCUCUUUGGGCAGCCGCGAACGCUGCUCGCCUCACUGCCCUUGGCGCGGUUUACGGACCUGCGUUGUCUCUUGCCUUCUCCUCUCGUGGACGUCUCUUUGUCUCUCUUCUCAAGCUCCACCUCUAACUAGCCCCGUCCGACAAACCGCCACGUCUCGCCCUUCCACGUCGUGCGCUUUUGUCUCUUCUGCUGCUCCCGCCUCGCUCUCUGCCUCGAGGUCUGAGCCGUUGGAACGUCUCACCCUAAAUCGUCCCUCCGCUUCUCUUCCUUCGCCCUCCCAGUUCGGCGUAUGCUCGCGAUCGACGCCCUCGAACGCGCGGUUGAACUCGAAUGUGUCCGUCCCCGUCUCGCAGUUCUUCGGCUUUCCCUCGAAACAAACCGCAGUGGACUCAACUCUCGUGCAUCUACCGCGCGUGUUUCCGAUCUCUGGUCGGCCGUUGCGUCUGCGCCUAACGACGUUUGUUGUCUCCGGCCGUUCACCCUGUUCUUGGAAACCCCGCGUAUCUGCUCAUGUGACAAAUUUCUCGUCGCGGGUCUUUACUUCCUCUCUUCCCUCACCUCUCUGUCUCUGGCGUCCCGAGUCCCAACGCCGCCCCUUGCCCGCGCCCCAGCCUUCUCUCGCUCACGCCUCUUCUCCUUCCAUCUUUCCUCUCUUACGCUCCUCAUUCGCUGCUGUCUCUUCAGCUUCUGUGUCUUCGUCCGUCUUCCCUGGCAUCUCCCGGACCUUUCCUCCCUCUACCUUACCCCCUCUCCCGUCCGGCUCUGUUGCCUCUCUCUUGUCUCCUGGCUCUUCUCUUUCUUCUCCUCCCUCUCCGUCUUUCUCUCCUGCUCUCUCACCUUCCUGGGCAGCUGUCUCCAACGACGCCGGACCCAUUCGUGUUCUUUUCAUCGGCAGCCCAGCAGUCGCUGUUUCUGCGUUGGAAGUCCUCCUCGCCUCUUCGCUGAAUUUUUCUUGCGCGUCUCUUCCUUCGCUGCCCUCUGACGAUGCGAAAGAGAGAGGACCUCCCGCGAGCACAAAGCCCCGCGCGAGGUCUGCUGCGCAUCGUGUGGGGUCCGUUGCCAAGCCGAACCGCGAGAAAAACAUUCUGGGUCUGCCCGGGGGAUUCGUCGUCUCUGCCGUUCUCUGUCGACGGCCUUCUCGACGCGGCCGAGGCAGAAAAACAUUCGUACCUUGUCCGGUCCAGGUGAAAACCGCCUUUGCCGAGACUCUCUCCCCGCCUCUCCCUCUUUUCCUGGCGUCGGACCUCUCCUCGCCUUCUCUCUUGGCGGCUCUCGACAGCCUCUCUCUCGACCUCGCAGUGUGCGCGGCCUUCGCCUUGAAACUCCCCGAUACCCUUCGGUCCCUGCCGCGGCAUGGUACGGUCUUGAUUCAUCCUUCUUUGCUUCCACGGUACCGCGGAGCAGCUCCGGUACGCCGUGCUCUCUUGAAUGGCGAGCGGCGCGUCGGUGUGUCGCUGGUACGGCCUUCUGCUCGCUUCGACGAGGGCGCACUACUGCAUCAAAGUUGCCUGGAACUUUCCGGAAACGAGCAUGCAGAGGAAGUUGAGGAGAAACUUUUCCAACGGGGAGCUCAGGCUCUUUUAAAUACCUCUCUCUGGACAGGAAGACGCACAGGCGGAGGUCCGGGCGUCCAGCAAGAUGCGAGCAAAGCGACAGCAGCGCGAAAAAUUAGGGCAGAGGAACGGCGAAUUUCCUUCGCGGAAAUGUCGGCGUCGAAAAUCCACAACACCGUCCGAGCGCUCGCCUCUCAUGGCAGCGGUGUGUGGACAGACCUAGAAACUGGUUUUUUUGAUUCGUCGUGCAAAGGAGACCAAACAGAAGAAAGGAACUCGGAGCCAGGCGAGACAGUCAAGGAAGGCGCUGGAUGUGUUGCGAACAGCCGAAGAGGUACUGACACAAUAAGGCAGACAAUGAAGGUCAAACUCCUCCGUACGCGUCUUGGUUCUGUGUUGCCCGAAGAGAAGGCAGGCGCAGAUGAGCCGAAAGGCGCCGCUUCAGAGGAAGCACCUACUUGCUUGGCGGCACAGAAAAGUUCCUCUGUCGUCCAUGCCUGUUUGAGCGAGACGCCGGAAGAAAAUGUUUCGACUUCAGUGGCCUCCGAACCAAACCUCCGGGGCAAAAAAGGUUCCAACACACGCGUAUCAAGCAGCCAAACUCCGCCUGAGUUCUCGCCUCAAGGCUCCGCACUAUCCCGAAACGUUUGUCUCGAUGCUUCCGGAGCUCUGCGCUUUGUAUGCGGCGACGGAAGUGUGCUUCUGGUUGAAAAACUCCAGCGAGAGAGCCGGGGUCCGCUGAGCGCACCCGAUUUUUGGAAUGGUCUCAUGGGCUUUGCCCAGCGGAGUCGAAAGAGCGUCGAAAAGAGCGACGCCUCCGAGUGUAUGUUCACCGGGGAGGAAUGGGAAUCUGAGAGGAGAGGCCAGGUGCGCUCGCUUCGACAGCGACGAGGUCAGGCCAUUUUCCUGCGCUGGGUUAACUGA